UCAGAUUUCAACGACAUGCCCAAAGAGCUCUUUCGAGAAUAGCCUAGAUUUGAUAUAAUCUUUGUCAGAGCUUAUACAUGUAGCCUACAAAUCGUGUACUUAUUGAGCAUGACUGUUCACUGCAUAAUCCAAUCAAAACCUUAAACUAACAAGACCAAUUCUCAAAGCGAAGAAACGAAAGUAGGCCUAGCCUAAAUCUGGACCUGGCCAAAGACGAUGGCCUUGAUGAGCAUGACGUACAUUGUUAUUGUCACGUGACUUUUAGUCCAUUUGCAAUGGCCGCUGCAAGUGUUGAUAAACAGAUAGAGGGUCAUGGCGAACCCUGUAGAAAAGAAGAUUUCAUCGACAGCGCAGAUCGGAUGAGUGAAGCUAUUGCCAAAGAAACUAAAGAUAUACCCCUCGAACCUUUGAAUACGCCUUGGACGUUCUGGAUUGAUAGGUCUGUACGUGGAACAACAGCCAGAGAGUAUGAAUCAUCAUUGACAAAAAUCUACACUGUGGAUACAGUCCAGGGUUUCUGGAGUGUUUACAACCACAUUCCAGAACCAGACAAGCUGAGCAUCCGGUUCAGCUACCACUUGAUGCGGAACAAUCGACGACCUGUGUGGGAAGAUGAGGAAAACAGUGACGGUGGCAACUGGACUUUCAAAUGCAAGAAAAAUGAUACGGAUGACGUAUGGAAGCAUUUACUUCUGGCUGCUAUAGGCGAACAAUUGUCGGACUGCAUGGCAGAUGAUGAUGAUGUCAUCGGGAUCAGUGUCAGCAUACGGGACAGAGAUGACUUAAUUCUUAUCUGGAACAAAGAAGCGCGCCUCAAGGAGUCGUCCACCAUUGUUCAAAAAGUGCGGGAACUUUUGCCCCACGUCACGUUCAAUACUGUGUUCUACAAAGCUUUCAACAUGCAUGAUGCUUUCGAAGGGAAGAAAGGCUACCACAAUCAACGAUGACAGGAUGUUGGCCGUGACUAGAACCGUCCCGUCCUCUUCCAGAGACAGUGGUGGACUUCUGAAGUGUUGGGUUUUUUUGCAUGUUCAAAGGAAAACACCAGCAUAUCUAGACUUGUUCCCAAGGGCUUUUCACAUUGACUUCAGUAUUGUUUUGUGAACACGUCUCAAAUUGUAUGGAACGCGAACAUUUUACUUUUAAGUGCAUGUUUUGCCUGAAGAAUACCUAGGGCUGAAUCGGUCAAACUUAUUUGACGAAUGGAACAAGAACAAAUGGAUGACAUGGAUGACUCUUGUUUGUAGAAGUGUAAAAAGAUUCUGCCGCAGUAUUCAUUUUUAAACCCAGCUCUGAUAGUCGUGCUAAUUAGAGAUAAGUGACACAUGGUGCCCCCAGCCCCAAUAUCUUUCUAGCACCGAGCUGAUUACGAACUGUAACAUGUUUUUAUCUGGACCUUGUGCCAUUUGUAAUUGAAAAUCUUAUAAAAAAGAUUGUUUUUAAUGCUGUAAACAUUGAUUGGCUCUUUGUCCUUUGUUUUGAAAGCAUAGCAGGGACACUGUGGAGCUUUGCAAAUUGUGUAGAACAGUAAAAAACAGCAUGAGCCAGUUCCUUAAGAAUAUUUUUUUAAUACCUAUUGCAAAAGUCAAAUUAAGAACAUUUUGAAAGUUGUACAUUUUUGUUGAAAUAUAUCAUGUGUAUGUUCCCAAAUACUUACAGUCUUUUCCAAACCAAAAUAAAAACCCCUCCGAAAUCAUCAGUUGCUUUUACUCUCAAUUUGAAUAGACCCAUCAUAUAUUGAAAUUGCCCUGGGGUUUUUUGUUUGUUUUACACAGUCUGUUAAUGAUAUAGUAUUUUGUUUUAACUUUCAACUCCUGUGCCCUGAGUUUUUAACCCAUUUUUGCCUUUAUGAUGUACUGGUACGUCACGAAAAUGUGUAAUUUUUAGUUUUGUGCUGUACAAUUGAUGUCGUGGAAGUUACCGAAAUUGGCCAUUUCUGGCCCCUAUAUAACGCUACAUGUAUGUCAUACUAAUCAUCUGGCUCUAACUGUUCUGUACGGAGAUUUAACCACUAGAACAGCAUGGAUUUGUAUUUGGGAAUAAAAAAUGCACAUAUGGGUGCCAAAGUUGCUAGUAUUAGUUUACUGCUAGGCUUGCAAGAGAUCAAUAAACAUAGGUCUAGUCUUGUGGACAACUGCAUGCUCUCACAAAAGAUAAAUACCAAUACAAUGGCUCUUAAAAAGCUGAAAAUUUCAAUAGUGUCUUAGAUUUGCAA